AUGUUAGAUAUCACCGUUUGCAAGCCUCCUUUGUGGGCUGAGCAAGGCGAAGUUCUGUUUGACAAAGAAUACUUCAUCUUGGAGAAGGAUCCUGCGCAUGGAUUUUAUUUCAACCGACAAGUCAGCUUCCAAAAUUGGGGUGUGGCAGAAAGCAAGACAGAAAUGCCGUCAACAAGACCAGAAAGAUGUCAUUUGUUUUGGUUCAGAACAACAACCACAGUACAAAAUGGACCAUAA